AUGGCUGCUGUAGCGCUGAAUAAUGCUGGAAGGUCAUCCGAGCUAAUGAAUGCCCAUCGCUCGGAUGAUUGGCCAAGUGACAGUACUAAGGGAUCACCAGACGACCACGAUGAAGUGAAAUUUUUGCAAGAUGGGCUGAGCACUGGCGCUCGUAUUCUAAGUGACGGCCGGGUAGAAAUCCAUGUCAAGCAGCAUAAACCACAUCUCACAGGGAUCUUGGAUCAUAUGCAACGCAGGGACAGUAUGUUUUCUGACGGGGUGCCCGAUCACGGCCGCGUGAGCUCACGCGUCAGUGCACAAUGGUCUUUGUCGAAGAAUGUGCAUUUUCCGCUGCACUUGAACAUCGUCAUCCAAGUGAUUGGUUCCCAAGGCGACAUCCAACCAUUUGUUGCACUAGGAAAGGAGCUCAAAGCACAAGGCCAUCGAAUCAGACUGGCAACUCAUUUAGCUUUCCGGCAAUUUGUUCUCGACAGCGGCCUAGAGUUUUUCAACAUUGGAGGAGACCCAGAGCAGCUGAUGGCUUUUAUGGUAAAAAACCCGGGCCUGCUACCGGGGUUCAAGGCAAUACGCAGCGGAGAUAUCCAAAAGCGCCGGCGUGAGAUGAAGGAAAUCUUUACUGGAUGUUGGAAAUCCUGCUUUAUAAAGGGUGAUGGGACUGAACUCCACCAAAUCAAGGAAGACCUAUGGAGUGAGGCUGUGGAUUACCGACAACGACCGUUCGUAGCAGAUGCUAUUAUAGCCAACCCGCCUAGCCUAGCUCAUAUUCACUGCGCCCAGCGACUAGGUAUCCCUCUUCAUAUCAUAUUUACGAUGCCCUGGUCACCAACUCAGUCUUUUCCCCACCCACUAGCGAAUCUCCAUCCCCAAGGCUGCAAGCCGACCGUCGCAAAUUUCAUGUCAUAUAGCGUUAUGGAUAUGAUGGUAUGGGAGGGACUGGGUGAUAUUCUGAAUACGCUUCGCAAAAAUGCCUUAGCUUUGCAACCUCUCGAUACAGUGACCGCCCGGGGCAUUCUACAACGACUACAUGUACCACAUACGUAUCUAUGGUCUCCUUCAUUACUGCCAAAGCCCCCUGACUGGCCUGACAACAUCGAUGUAUGCGGCUUCAGCUUCCUCCCGUCUCAGACUGACUACGUACCACCGAGCGAAAUAACUACAUUUUUGAACGCCGGACAAAAGCCGAUAUAUAUCGGUUUUGGCUCCAUUGUAGUUUCCAAUCCUCUCAAAUUGACGAAUAUCAUAUUUGAAGCAGUCCGAAAGACUGGACAGCGGGCUCUCGUCUCAAAGGGCUGGGGAAAUCUGGGAGCAGAUGAAGUGCCAGACAAUAUUCUUAUGAUUGGAAGCUGCCCUCACGAUUGGCUAUUUCGGCAGGUUUCAUGUGUGAUCCAUCAUGGUGGUGCUGGCACUACAGCGGCAGGUCUCGCGCUAGGUGUGCCGACGAUAAUUGUCCCCUUUUUUGGGGACCAGCAAUUCUGGGGAAAUAUUGUUGCGCGGGCGGGAGCGGGGCCAACACCGAUACCAUAUAAGCGUUUGAACGUGGAGAGUCUCUCCAAAGCAAUCCAGAAUGCGCUUGAGCCAAGUACCCUAGACAGAGCGCAGUCUAUUGCGAGGAAAAUGCAGGAAGAGUCUGGAGUGCGCCAUGGGGUGAACAGCUUUUACCGACAUCUUGACCCUGAAACUCUCAGAUGCUCUAUACUCCCAGAUCGGCCGGCAGCUUGGCAUCUCAAACAUACGAAGAUUAACUUUAGUGCCUUUGCAGCCACGGUUUUAGUAAAAUCUGGGAAGGUCAGUCCAGACACGCUCGUGCUUCACCGUGCAACCGAAUAUGAUACAUUCCUUAACCCUACCGACCCGAUUACCGCUAGUGCUCAAGUGCUUUUUGGAGCUAUUACCGGCUUUGUGACGGGGCUUAUAGAUGCACCACGAGAGAUGCUGAGUGAUUUCUCUUCUGCUGCUCACGCAAUACGCCAUCCUCGCGAACGUUUUGAUCGCCGCACAGCAUGUCAGGCAGCACUGUCUACUCCAGAACGUCUAUCCCCAGUGAAUACUACCGGAACCGAGGAAACAAGAAUUGAAAAUGAGGAUGGGCAAUUGCAGAUUGACAAUGGCGGUCAAGAGCGUAGAGAAAUCCGAGAAGAUGAUAGUACACAGGAGGAUUCUGCUGCUGAGGGCAACGAAGUCGAAGCCCACGACACCGAGAUCUCUCGGGUUCGGACUACAGAGCGCACUAGGAAUCUCCAGCUCGAAAAGGCCAAAACAAUGAGCAGCUCGAUGACGCCCUCAGAACCACCCAAGUAUUCUGCUUUAAAUGAAGCUGCAUUCCAGGGGAAAAAAGCGUCGAAGAAGAUGCUGAAGCUAGUCAUAUGGCUCCCAACAAAUUUGUCACUGAGUAUGGCCAGAGGUUUCCACAAUGCACCCAGAUUAUAUAAUGAUACGACUGUAAACGACGUUCCCCAGGUGAUGGGUCUUCGAAGCGGAUUCAGGGCAGCGGGAAAGGAGCUCAAAGAUGGAUUUUACUUCGGUAUUAAGGGACUAGGAACGCAUCCGCGUGAUGGCUUGAAGCACGAUGGUACCAAGGGACUCUUUAAGGGCGUCGGGAAAGCAAUGGGCGGGGUUAUUCUCAAGCCGACAGCGGGGCUAUGGGGUCUAGCAGGAUAUCCCCUGAGCGGCGUUCUCAGAGAGAUCAACGACUCACUAGGCAGGCAUCAAAAAUGCAUGAUUGUAAUGGGUCGUAUUGCUCAGGGACUUGAGGAAUGGCGAGAGUCUACGGCCCAGGAAAGGGAAGAGGUAUCUAGAAGAUGGGUCAUGAUCAACGCGACUUGA